AUGACCGCCCCGAUUUUUCCCGCCGUUCAGAACACGGCCCUUUCAGUUCUUCAGGAUGACAGCUCAUCCUCAGGCCCAUUUGAAGGUCCUGAAAAGCUUCUAGAGUUAUGGUUUUCAGCUUCGCCCAACGCUGUGAAAUUGACGGGGUUGCGAAGAGUGGCGAAAGAAGUGUGGCAUGGUAUGUUGGACGAGGUAAAAUGUAAGGUGCUGAGUGUUGUGGAGGCGGAAGAUGUAGAUGCAUAUCUCCUUUCGGAGUCCUCCAUGUUUGUCUGGCCUCAUAAGCUCAUCUUGAAAACUUGCGGGACAACGACCCUCUUACUGGGCCUCCAGACCUUAUUGAAGAUUGCGAAAGAGAUCUGCGGUUUCCCAGGCGUUUGGCGUUGCUUCUAUAGCCGCAAAAGCUUCAUGUUUCCCGAACGACAAUUGGGUCCCCACAAAGCUUGGACUCAUGAAGUCGGUCUUUUAGACAGCCUAUUUGAUGGUGGUUCAGCCUAUACUGUAGGCAAGAUGGAAGGUGACCAUUGGUUGUUAUAUCUCACGCCACCAAAGGACGACCCUGACUCCACGUUGGAGAUCCUCAUGUCUGGCCUUUCGGCCCGGGCCUGUGAAAAAUUUUACACCUCUGCAACGGCUCUUGCGACCCGCUACCCCGAAGAACCUUCAGUUGAGGGCCAUCGUCCUGGGUUAGCUUUGGCUCAGGAGCUCGGAUUGGAUGCCGAAUCGCUGAUUGGUGGCGGCGCGACGGAUGCUUUCCUCUUUUCACCGUGUGGAUUCUCGGCCAAUAUGAUCGGCGGGUCAGACCAACAACGAUACGCCACCAUACAUGUGACACCUGAAGAGGCUUAUAGCUAUGCAUCUUUCGAGUGUAAUGUUGAUUAUUCAGGUCGCAAAAUGGAUCUCAUCAAGGUAGUCAAUCGUGUCUUAGGGGUCUUUGAACCCAAGCGGAUGAGUAUCACCCUAUUCGUAUCGCAAGAGUCGGAGGAGUCGGACGAAGACAAUCAAGUACAAGUACGAGAGAACCAAGGUUUCAAGACUGUCCUUGGACGUGAUCUUGUCCGAGGGUACAAGCGUACCGACCGAAUCAUAUACGAGUUUGAAGGUUAUGACUUGGUCUUUGCUACAUUCGAGCGCCUUUAACUCAAAUAUCAGGUAUCGGAGUGUUGCGGGGACGUAUGUGAUACGCCAAUCUUUUUGCCACUUUUAUCAUCAACACAUGCAAAAUCUCUUCAUUCAUCUUUAUCUUUUCCUGCAGUUAUGUGCCUUGCAACAGUUUCCCACCUUGUGAUCUCGCCAAUAUUGCUCUUGCUGUUCCAUUCCAACUACUUGUUUCAUGCUUGUCAAAUUUGUUUUUUUUCUUUCCGCCGGGUGAAGCACAUGAUUUAAACGCAAGGAAAGUCACCUAAAGUUCGUUUAGCACGUGACCUGUGUAGACAACCCCUAUGCAGAUAUCCAAUACAUGUUAUUCAUUAACUGUAACCC